AUGGAGGCCAUCUCGUCGGCGCUCUCUGCGCUCUCCAUCCAGACCGAAAAGGUGGUCAAGCACGCCGCUGCCAACAGCCCAGAGAGCUGGAGGUCCGCCGUGUCCGAGGUCGCCUCGUCACUCGGCCUCGCAUCCCAGAACUACACCAAGACCGUCGUCUUCAAGCCCAAGACCGCCAAGUCCGCCACCCCGACCCCCGUCGUCCUCAUCGCAAAGGAUGACUCCGAAUACAACACCGGCGCCGUUGCGAAGCACAUCGGCCAGAAGGAGAUGCGUCUCGCCGCCCCCGAGGUGCUCAAGGAGUUCCUCAACGCCACCAAGGACGACGUCUCGGCUCUCUCCAUCACCAAGGACAACGCUGCCAGCCUGAUCGCCGUGCUCGAUGCCAGCCUCGCCACCAGCACCGACCACUUUGCCGUCCACGCCGCCAGCUCCGAGCAGACCCUCUUCAUGACCGGCGCAGAGAUCGCAAAGUACCUACAGAGCACCGGCGUCAAGCUCGAGGUCGUCGACUUUGCCAAGCUCAAGGCAGAGGCUGCCACCCCGGUCGCAAAGGCCUCCGCCCCUCCGUCCAGCUCCGCCUCCGCCCCCGCCUCCACCCAGGGCCCCACCGCCAACAAGGCAAAGGCAGCAGAGGCCGCCAAGAUCCCCGACGCAGAGCAGAUCGGCAUCACCGUUCGCAAGGCUGGCGACUUCCCAGAGUGGUACACCCAGGUGCUGCGCAAGGGUGACAUGCUCGAUUACUACGACGUUUCGGGCUGCUACAUCCUCAAGCCCUGGUCCUACUUUGUCUGGCAGUCCAUCCAGAACUUCUUUGACGCAGAGAUCAAGAAGAUCGGCGUCGAGAACUGCUACUUCCCCAUGUUCGUCUCCGCAGACGUGCUCGAGCGCGAGAAGGAUCACAUCGAGGGCUUCGCCCCCGAGGUCGCCUGGGUUACCAAGGCCGGCAGCAGCGACCUCGAGCGUCCCGUCGCCAUCCGUCCCACCUCCGAGACCGUCAUGUACCCCUACUACGCAAAGUGGAUCCAGAGCCACCGCGACCUCCCGCUCAAGCUCAACCAGUGGAACAGCGUCGUCCGCUGGGAGUUCAAGCACCCGCAGCCCUUCCUCCGCACGCGCGAGUUCCUCUGGCAGGAGGGCCACACCGCCCACAUCUCGCUCGAGGAGGCCGACAAGGAGGUCAUGCACAUCCUCGACCUCUACCGCCAGGUGUACGAGAAGCUCCUCGCCGUCCCCGUCGUGCCCGGUGUCAAGUCGGAGAAGGAAAAGUUCGCCGGCGGUUACUACACCACCACCGUCGAGGGCUUCGUCCCCACCACCGGCCGUGGUAUCCAGGGCGGCACCUCGCACUGCCUCGGUCAGAACUUCUCCAAGAUGUUCGACAUCACCGUCGAGGACCCCAAGGCUCCCGAGGAGCUGCGCGGCAAGCCCGAGGGCAAGCUGCAUGUGUGGCAGAACUCGUGGGGUCUCUCCACGCGUACCAUCGGCGUCAUGGUCAUGGUGCACGGCGACGACAAUGGUCUGGUGAUGCCGCCACGCGUGGCGCAGGUGCAGGUGGUGAUCAUUCCCUGCGGUAUCGGUGUCAAGACGUCGGCGCAGGAGAAGGAGGCCAUCAUGGACGCCUGCGACCGCACCGCCAAGGAGCUCCAGGCCGCCGGCAUCCGUGCCAAGGCGGAUCUGCGCGACAACUACAGCCCGGGCUUCAAGUUCAACGACUGGGAGCUGCGCGGCGUGCCCGUGCGCCUCGAGAUCGGACCCAAGGAUCUCGAGAAGAAGUCGGUCGUGGCGGUGCGCCGCGACAACAAGGCCAAGACGUCGCUGUCGGCCGAGGGUCUGUCCAGCUCGAUCGCCACGCUGCUCGACCAGAUCCACGACGACAUGUUCGCCAAGGCCGACGCCGAGUACCGCUCGCGCCGCAAGGUGUGCGAGCAGUGGGACGACUUUACGCGCAUCCUCAACGACAAGUGCCACGUGGUCAUCCCCUGGUGCGAGGUCGAGGCGUGCGAGGACGAGAUCAAGAAGCGCUCGGCGCGCCAGGCGGUCGCCGGCGAGGCCGAGGACGAGCGCGCCCCGAGCAUGGGCGCAAAGUCGCUCUGCAUCCCCUUCGACCAGGCCCAGUUCGGCGACAUCACGGGCAAAAAGUGCCCGCAGUGCGCAAAGGACGCAAAGCGCUGGACCAUGUUUGGCCGCAGCUACUAA